AUGGCAGGGGCUAAACCUGCUGUUCAUGUUGUACAGUUAAAACCGAUUUGUGUCUCCGAAACCUUAUUGAAAGGAUCUAAAUUCAUCAAAUGGGAUGAUGAUUCGUCUGUUGGGGUCCCUGUUACCCUUAAAGUGGACCCUAAAGGAUACAUCCUUUACUGGAGGGACCAAGUCAAGGACAUGGACAGUAUUGAUAUCUCUAUGAUCCGGGAUACAAGGACAGGAAAAUAUGCAAAAGUCCCAAAGGAGGGCAAACUACGAGACUCGUGUACAAUGGGAGCUCCAGAUGUUCCAAUAGAAGAUAAAACAGUGUCUGUCUGUUACAGCUCUGACUUUGUCAACAUACAAUGGGUCAACUUUGUAUGCAAUACAAAGGAGACUGCAAAGGGAUGGACUGAUGAACUGUGUUGCUAUGCCUACAACCUCCUAAGUCAGAAUGGCAGUGUCAUGUACUACCUACAAAAAAUACACACCAAGCUCUCCUAUAUUACUGGUACAGACGGAAAAAUUCCAGUAAAAAAUAUUAUAAAAGCAUUUGCCUCUCAUAAGGAUGACAAGAAGCGGGUUGAGCAGACGUUAUCAGCUGUUGGGCUACCAUCAGGAAAGGGGGAAUCCAUCCAGCCAGAGAAAUUUACAUUUGAGACAUUUUUCCACUUCUACCGACAGCUCACCGUCCGAUCGGAUCUUGACAGUGUAUUCGAAGAAAUAGGGGCCAAAAAGAAACCUUACAUCACAGUGGAGAAACUUGUUCAGUUCUUGAAUGAACAACAACGAGAUCCACGUCUGAAUGAGAUCCUGUACCCCUAUUAUGAUCAGAAGCGGGCCCAGGCGAUAAUUGACCAGUUUGAAAAUAAUGAGUCCUUGGCAAAGAAAGGCCAUCUAUCGCUAGAAGGUUUCCUGAAGUACUUGAUCAGUGAUGAGAAUGUCCCGAUCCCAGCAGAUAAAUACGACUUGAGUGAAGAAAUGACCCAUCCCCUACCCCAUUAUUUCAUAAAUUCCUCACAUAACACAUACCUAACAGGUCAUCAGCUGACUGGCAAAUCGUCAGUUGAGAUCUACCGCCAAUGUCUGUUAUCUGGGUGCCGUUGUAUUGAACUGGAUUGCUGGGAUGGAAAAGGGGCAGAUGAAGAACCAAUCAUAACUCAUGGUUUCACCAUGUGCACAGAGAUCUCAUUUAAGGAAGUAAUAGAAGCAAUUAAAGAAUCCAGUUUUAAAACCUCAGAUUAUCCUGUUAUACUUUCCUUCGAAAACCAUUGCACUCCACGUCAGCAGGCCAAAAUGGCAAACUAUUGCAAAGACAUACUUGGGGACCUCCUGCUCACAGAUACCAUAGCAGACUAUCCGCUUGAACCAGGAAAACCACUACCAUCCCCUGAAGCUCUAAAGAGGAAAAUAUUAAUCAAAAACAAAAAAAGACAUAACCAUAAAAAACCAGUGGCAGUAAAAGAAGUGACUACACCUACCACAGCACCAGUGAAACCAGUUCUAGAACACAAAGAGAGUCAGCAAAAUGUCCUAGAGGGUGCACUGGGGGAGGGUGGGGGAGAUAAAGAAAAAUCAGACAAACCAGCUACAGAGAAUGGAGAAGUGAAGGACUACAGCUCUGACUCUGACACUGAGAGUGAUGAUGAUGACAUUGCUGGCCUAACAGAGGAGGAGGAGAAACGUAGACAAAGAGAGAAGAAAGAAAAGGGUACAGCUGGUUCUGAGGCAGAGGCAGCUCAGGAGAUGUCAGCACUUGUCAACUACAUUCAACCAAUUCACUUUCACUCUUUUGAGAUCUCAGAAAAGCGAGAUCGUAGCUUUGAAAUGUCGUCACUGGUCGAGUCGAUCGCAAUGUCACGUCUCAAAGAAUAUCCCGUAGAAUUUGUCAACUACAACAAGCGUCAGCUGAGUAGGAUUUAUCCGAAGGGAACCAGAGUCGACUCCAGCAAUUAUAUGCCUCAGGUUUUCUGGAAUGCUGGUUGUCAGAUGGUAGCCUUAAACUUUCAAAUGUUAGACCUUGCGAUGCAGCUUAACCUUGGUGUGUUUGAAUACAACGGCAAGUCUGGCUAUAUUCUGAAGCCUGACUUUAUGAGGAGAAACGACAGACAUUUUGAUCCGUUUGCUGAAUCUACAGUUGAUGGAAUCAUAGCUGGUGCCAUGUCAAUACGGAUCAUCUCUGGUAGUUUCCUGUCUGAUAAGAGAGUAGGGACGUAUGUUGAGGUGGAGAUGUAUGGCUUGCCAGCUGAUACAGUCAGGAAGAAACGAACUAAAACAGUCCCAAGUAAUGGUAUCAACCCCAUGUAUGACAAUGACCCAUUUGUGUUCAAAAAGAUUGUACUCCCCAAUCUAGCAGUCCUACGUAUUGCAGUUUAUGAGGAAUCAGGCAAGAGUAUUGGUCAAAGGAUCUUGCCAGUAGAAGGUCUCAGGCCAGGUUACAGACAUAUAAUGUUGAGGAAUGAAUCCAACAAACCUCUCUCAUUUCCUUCAUUGUUUGUCCAUAUACAAGUGAAAGACUUUGUUCCAGAUGACAAAGCAGAGUUGAUGAAUGCUUUGAUGGACCCCAUACGUUACCAGUCUGAAAUGGAGAAGCAUGCGGCACAAUUGGCAGCAUUGACUGACGAUUUUGAUGUUGAUGAAGAAACAGAGAGAGAAAAUGCGGAGAUGAAACGAGAAAUAAAAGAAGACGUAAAAUUCCGUCGUAACAAUUCGCAGAUGACGAAGAAUGAUUCAGGUAGUGAUUUGAAAACAUUGAAUGGAUCGUCAGCAACGAAUAGGUCCGUUAAAGGCGUCCAUCCUAACCUAGGCAAACAGCAGAGUACUGUAUCCCAGGCAUCUAGUCAAAGCACAGGUAGUGCAACCAUUCCUGGGAGUGUCUCCUCAGGUUCUAUAAGGCCAAACCAAGAGAAUGGAGGUCCCAGUGAACCAGCUUCUAAUAAAAGUAAACUCAAUGAUGCUGAGGUGUUAACCCCCACCCCUCUGAGUGAAUUGAGAGAACAUAAAGUGUGUCUGAAGAUUAUUACCAAACAGGAGAAAGAACAGGAAACAAUGAGAAAGAAGCAUGAGAAGGUAAGAAAUGCGCAGAAGGAAAGCCAGGAAUGUGAGGAAGAAAAACUUCUACUGUCUCAAAUACGUUUACGAACAGGAUUAGAAAAAACUCAAGCGAAAGCCAUGAAAAAAGCGAUAAAAGCUGGAAAUAUGGAGGAAGUGAAAAGGCAACAAGAAGAAGAGAUUAACAAUUUGGUAGCUGAUCAUGACCAAAAACAUAAUGCAUUGAAGAAGGCCCACAUAGAAGUGCUAAAGGCGCUUUAUAAGGAUCACUUCAAACAAGAGAUGGAGGUUGCCAUCAAGUACAACAAUAUGAAAUGUGAUACUCUCGAAAAGCUUAUAGACGAAAAUCAUGAAGCGCAACUAGAGCAACUUGAUGCCAUUCAUGAUCGGGAAGUGGUCGAGUUAAAGAAGAGAUUUGAUGCACAGAGCAAACAAGACAUGAAAGCACUUGCUAAGAAGCAUAAAGACAAACAAGAGUUACAGAGGGUGAAACGUGAGGCACAACAUAAGCAUAUCAACAUGGUUGUCCAAGAACGUGAGAGAUUAAGAGCUCUCCUGGAAAAGAGGAAAAAUGAUGUCAUUGAAAAACAAGCUGAGAUUAAGAAACAAUUUGAAACAGAAAAAUCAAAUACGGAGGAGGAGAUCGAAACCGAAUUUGAAGAGAAAUGUGAUAAAUUAGACAACAGUUUCAAUGAGCAACUUGAGGCUCUAGAAAAUGGUGACAUUCCAAAAGGCUCCAUUAAUGACGAGGAUGCGAACACAAAUAUGUAGGAAAUUAUUUCUGCAGUAUACCAUUCAAUAAAAUGCAAAUAUGCGAAUAUGAUUAUUAAUAUAAAAACCCAAUAUGAGUGACUUUUUAAGAUAAUUAUGUCCAAUAUUUUCACUAGUCAAGAUGUAGGAAUAGAAAAUAGGAAUUCAAUUUGCAGUUUGUUAAAGGAACGCUGGAUAUGGCCAGGGAUUUAUCAUGGAUUAUACAAUGGAACUGCAA